GAUGUUAAGUUGACAUAUAUAUCUCGAAACCUCGAUUUUUCUUCAGUGCUCUUUCGAGAUUUGUUUGCUUAUAAGCUUACAUAUAUUUUUACAGGUAAAACAUGAUCACGUGGGCGCUGGUGGCGGUGCUGGUGGUGACGGCGCUGCUGUACUCCCGAUGGCGCCAUAGCUACUGGUCCUCGAGAGGCGUGCCGACAGCACCCGGCUCCAUCCCUUUCUUUGGACACACGUUCAAGUUGUUCUCCAGGAGCAAGUAUCGGUGGCUGGUCGUUGAUGAGAUGUACCAUAAUUAUGGAGGCUCAUUGUACUGUGGCCAGUAUGAGAUGCACAAACCAAGCCUUAUGAUUGGUGAUCCUGAUUUGGUGAAGGCUGUUCUGAUUAAGGAUUUCGACCAUUUCACUGAUCGGCGGUCUUUUAGGUCAUCUAAUCCCAAAGAUAAAGUUAUAAAUGAAAUGUUAACCGCAACCACAGGUGAACACUGGAAGGGCAUUCGGUCAGUUCUGUCUACUAGUUUCACGUCAGGGCGGAUGAAGGGCAUGUUCCCUUUAAUAGAAGCCAAAGCCCAGGGUUUAAUUGAUUACCUCUACAGACAGCUGAAAAAGGACCCAGUAGUGCGCAUGAAGAACAGCUUUGGUAUGUACACGAUGGAGGUCAUAUCAUCAUGUGCCUUUGGCUUGGAGACAAAUUCAUUUGCAGGAGACGAUAGCAUCUUUGCCAAAAAAGCCAUAGAACUGUUUGCAAUUAAGCCUCUAAGGCUUGUGAAAUUUAUGUUCCUUCUUAUGUUUCCCAAGCUUGGAAGACUUCUAAAUAUUCAGUUAACACAUGAAAACAUGGAAUUUUUCAAUGAUGUUGUAAUUGAGACAAUGAAGCAGAGAAAGGCAGGUGCGAAGAGAGGAGACUUCUUAGACAUAAUGCUGGAGGCCAGAGAAGAUCAAGAUCAAAGUACUGACAAAAAGAAACCCAAGUAUCCUUUGAGUGACGAAACCAUCAUAGCAUCUUCAGUCCUCUUCAUAAUUGCCGGGUACGACACCACAGCCAACACCCUCGGCAACACAUCCUUCCUCUUAGCUAAACACACCAAGGAGCAGGAACUUCUUCGCGAAGAGCUGAGGAAUCUGAUUGCAGAGCACGGGUCUCUCACUUACCAGGCGAUUAUGGAGGCCAAGUACCUGGAUGGCUGUAUAUCAGAGGCCUUGAGAAUUUACCCACCAGCUCAUGUGACUGAAAGAUCUUGCACUAAGGAUUAUAUCCUUCCGGGAACAGACCUUCUCCUCACCAAAGGUCAAAUAAUAUCAGUCCCAAUCUGGAGCCUCCACCACGAUCAGAAGUACUGGACAGAACCUGAGAAGUUCGACCCAACGCGCUUCUUCCCUGAGAAUAAGGACAGGAUUGUGAGUGGGACUUACCUUCCCUUUGGCCUCGGUCCCAGAAACUGCAUAGCCAUGCGGUUUGCUCUGAUGGAGGCGAAGCUGGCCCUGGCGAGGACCGUGCUGGAGUUCGAGCUGCGGUGCGCCCCCGGCCACGAGGAGCUGGAGCUGAGCUUAAACCCCGGGAUUAUGAGGCCGAAGGAGGACGUGUUUGUCACCCUGACGCCCAUUGCCAAAGAGUGAAAGUGGGAUUACUAGGUUAACUUUUCAUUUGGCUUCAUGAGGAGUAUGUUAUCAGUGAUUAAUAACGUGAUAUGUAGAUUUUAGAUUUGCAUUUUUUUUUUUUUUUUUUUUGUGCAUGAAAGGCCGUGGCAUUAUUUUGAACGUGAUAUAUCAUCGGGAAUAUUGAUCAUACCCAAAGCAGAAUAUGAGUAGUAAAUGAAUAUUUUGUGUAUAUGAAAAAGCGCAUUUAUUAAUCAUUACCGGUAGAUAACACUUUAUACUAAGCAGUUUUUUUUAAUAAAGUUAAGCAGUAACUGUUGUUGCUCA